CAACCGAUCCGGAGCUUCCAGGGGACCAUCACAGUACCAAGCUUACGUAAGGGGUUAACCAUGAUUCUAAUUUUAUCAUGAGUACAUAUAUCUUCACACUGUUUCUGGCACUCACCGACUUACGGUGUUCCACUCUCAGCUGUAUAGAAGACAUUGGUCACUAUGGUUCACGUCAAUGACAAGAAGUUUGCCUGCCAGUCUUGCAUCAAAGGACAUCGAUCCUCUUCUUGUUAUCACUCUGAACGUCCGCUAUUUGAAGUGAAGAAGAAAGGUCGCCCGGUAUCCCAGUGUAGAACAUGCCGCGAACUGCGAAACUCAAAGCGAGUCCACUCAAAGUGCACCUGUAAACCUAGGGAGAUGAUCGACAAAAUUCCUAUACCAGCAGCUCGUCCGGACAGGAAACCGAAACGCUUCAUGCAGACGGUGCCUACACUGCCAAAUGGAAUAUCAGAUGCCUUGUCAACCUCGUCUUCCUCGCAGCUUGCGAAUACAAGACAGACAGUUGAUUCACUGCUGAACCCUUGCCAUUGUAAGAAUGUUUGGCAGUGCAUGGGCCGCUGCCGAUCCAUGCCUCUUAGUGGUUCCCCACCACCUGCAACUGAAUCAUCUCCAAACGGUCUAGCCAUCCUCGCCAAAGCAGCCUCACUUAUCCGUGAGGAUAUCGUAUCAUGUCCAACGACCCAACGCUCCGAAAAAUCCUCUGUAUCUUUGAAGUCGUGCUGUACCAUAGACGCCCAAACAGGAGUCGUUCCAUCAGUCCGUUCUGAUCUCCCCCCUAUCCAUAUUUACACUCUUACGUCAACGCCACCUUCGUCUUCGAUGACAGUACCAGAGUUUCCCACAAUCCCUCCAUUCAGCGCUGUCAACUCAAUAGCUGGGUCCGGGUGCACCUGCGGACUUCGGUGUGCUUGUCCAGGCUGCGUGGAGCAUCGCGGGCCUGUUCAUGCCUUGAAGGAGCACAAAGAUUGUGCUGAAGGGUGCAUUAACUGCAUCGACCACUCAGCAGGCAUUGAUCUUUCAACUCUAGGGCAAGGUGCUACUGGAAGCAGCAUGAUCGACCAAUUUUUCGCGCGGGCCGCGUCCCUACCCAUUCCUCCAGUGAAUCGUAAAGUUGGGGUUGAGAUUGAUCCAACGAACAUUACAAUAUAUCCUACCGACCUUUUCGCAAAGUCAAAUAAAGAAUACGAGGAGCGAGGAGCAGCAUUCGGACUAGUGACCGUGCCAAAGCUUGAGUGUUGUGGGGGACGGUGUGAUUGUCCAUCUGACGGCUGUGGAUGCGGACAAUCUUGUGAUGGUUGUCUUGAAGGCCAACGUGUUCCAAACCGGUCAGAGCCUGUUAGCUAACGGGAAUUUUUAUGUGUUGAAUUUUGGAUGUAUCGUAGUCAGGCUUAUACUUCAAGUUUUAAUCUC